CACCUCCAAGAUCCCUGACCCAAGCACUCCCAAUGCCUGUAAAAUUGCUUCCAAGCAAUAGGCUGGCUGUGAGUCCUAGGUUGCAGAGGAUAGUCCUCUGUUUGUUGAGGUCAAGGCUAGUUUACAGAUCAGGAACCAUGAGAAGGGAAAGCAGAGGCCUUGAAGUUGCCCACUGAGGUGACUGAGCAAGCCCACAGCACACCUAGUCAUGGUCUUGGUGAGGUGCAUUCUAUUUUUAUUUAAAUAAUAUUAAUUCUUUCUAAAUCUGCAAAUCUGGAUUGUCUCUUUGUCCUUUUUGAGGAGAUGCAUUUCUUUUCUCGCUGGCAAUAUGUAAGUGGCCACCCGACUGAGUAAGUUUGCUUAGGACUGUUCUGCACAAGCGUAUUUUUGAUGCAGUGCAUAUUUUAUUUCUGGGAAAGCAUGGCAAGUUCAUGCAUAUUCUCUAGCGUGUGGCCUCCAGAAAGUUGCAUAUGAGGAAAUGUGGCCCCCAGGCUGACCUCUGCUCUAGGUAGUUAAGUUGUUAGGAGAUAGAUGGAUGAACCUAAGAAGGUCCGAUGAAACAGAUGUGCACUUUCCAGGCAUCUCUGUUGCCUUUUCAGAGUAUAAAAAAGAGGUCCCCCCCCCUUAAAUUAGGACCUGUAUUAGGAAGUUGCCUGGAACCAAGUCAAUGUGUUUGUCUCUGUAGCUCACUGUUAUCUGUUCUGACUGGCAGUUGCCCUCCAGGGCCUCAAGCAGAAGUCUUUGACUUCCCACCUCAGGGAUGGGGAACCUGUGGCCUUCCAGAUGUGGUCCAGCUCCCAUCAGCUCUAGCCAACAUGGCCAAUGGUUAGGGAUGAUGGGAGUUAUAAUCCAAUAACAGCUGGAAGGCACCAAAUUCUUUGUAGUAGCUGAUUCUUCUAAGAUGAAAUACCAGGGAUUAAAUUGGGGGAUUUUGGCACGCAAAGCACUUGCUCUUCCACAGAACUAUAAUCCCUUCCUGUAUUUUACUGUUUGAGAUUACAUUGAGAAGUAGUCUGUCAACUUCUCACAAUGUUUUGAUAACAUCAGCAAGUGGGGAGGGAGGACUCAGAAGUCUUACCUCUCAUACCCUGUGGUGAUGAUGAUGUGCCACAGUUGUUAUGGUGGACUCAGGUGACAUCACAAACCAUGUAAUGAGCAGUCAAGUAUUUCCAUAGGUGGUUGUGUUGGUGGGUUGCUGGUGGCCAGAAUUCCCUAGUAAGCUCAAGGCAGGAUGAAGAAAUACUACGAUCUGGUAACUAAAAAAAAUGUGUUAACUGCAGCUACAGGAGCUACAGCCAUCUAUCUGGUGUCCAAGACUCUCCUAUCAAUGUUCAGAAGUCCCCCCUACAACCCGGAUCAAAUGAAUUUUGCCAGUGAGUCAAAUGGGAUAUAGGGAGAUGAUGACGCAUUCUCACACCACAUGUUUGUUGUUGUUGUUUGUUGUUGUUCCAGAAGGGUCAUGGCCAUAUAGCACAUCAUCCAUCCAUCCAUCCAUCCAUCCAUCCAUCCAUCCAGCACAUUCAUUCUGUUUAUGAGAUACCUAAUAAAACAAAUUAUCUAUGUGCCAUGCAGAUAAAAAAAGAAGAGAAUAAAACAUAAUGAUAAAACCAUACUAAAAUAAAACAGCAAUAAAUUUAAGAGAGAUCCAGGUGGAAUCUACACACACAUUUUUUAAAAAGCUGUGAAAAUGCUUUUUUAAAAAAGGUUUUGAAAAAUAAAUUGAAUUUGGCAUAGCUCACUGUUGCCAUCUAGUGUCACAGUUGUAUAUUGCACUUUACAACACAUUUAAAAUGUUUUAUUUGCAGCUGUAUAGCUGAGUCCCCAGUGUAAAAAAAAAAGAAAAAAGUAUUCAGCACAGUAAAAUACUAUAUACAACACAUAACUAAAACAACCAUCACAUAUCUACAUUAGAACCACCAAUUGGAUAGCUGGGGCUCAAAACUAAAUCUUAUAAACCCAGGUCUGGGCAAGGAAAAUGUUAGCCAGACACCAAAGAGACAGCAAUGUGGGCACCAGGCAUGCUUCCCUAGGGAGAACAUAUCCUAGGCCCCCGGGAGAGCAUUCUAGUGUCUGGGGACACUACCUCUAUAGGCCCCCCUCCAAGCUUCAGAUUGAAAGGGCACACAGAGAAGGAUGUUUGUAGAUUACCUUAGGGUUUGGGUUUGGGCAGGUAAAUACAGACGGUACUGAAGUCCCAACCCGUCAUUGUCCAGGAACUAAUCAUACAUUCCCUUCAUCGUUGACUCUUCACUCCAGUUGUGCGGUUAAUGAUGGCACAUUUUUGUCUUUCUGUAACUCUAUUUCCUGACAGGUAAUCAUGUUAGUGUGCUGCAGAAGGGGGUAGAAAAAAAAUAUGUGGCCCCCAAACUAAUAAAUCUACCAUGGCAUAGGUUUCAAUGCACUGCAGUCCACUACUUCAGAUUCAUGAAGUAUUUCUCCAAGUUAGGUAGCUACCAACAGAAAGUAACUCUGGCACCCAUACACAUCUAGGUUUCUUCAGAACAGCUGCUUGAGGCAACACACAUGAGCUUUGUGAAACAGCCUGCUCUAUGCAGAUUGCAGGACUGGUGGUAUCAGCACAGAGAACCCCCAUGCCAACUGGAUAAUCCAAUGCCCCUUGAGAUGUUGUUGGACUCCCAACUCCUAGCAACUCCAGCCAGAACGGCUAAUGGUUGGGGGUGAUGAUGACGGUGGUGAUUUAUCAAAUUUUUAUAAUAAUGGUUAGGGAUGAUGGAGUUUGCAGUCUAACGACAUCUGGAAGGCCACAGGUCCCCCAGCCAUGCUUUAUUGAAAUGUCCACAGAAGCUUCCUGCCACUUCUGUUGCACUGAUGCAGAAAUGCAGGAAGUUCUGGAUCAAAAAUGUCCGUAAGUUGUCCUAAUUCAUCUCUGGAUUAUUGCUUCUAGAUCUAGCCGUUGAGUAUUAUCCAGCUCCAUCUGCAAGAGCAAAUGUUCCUGGAGAGCUCAGGAGACUCCUGCUGUCUCUCAGCCCAAACUUAGAUGACAACUCCAAGAGGACAACGCUUCAUACCAUCACUCAGUGUAUCUAUCUGAAGGAAUCAGAGGUGAAAGUCAAAAGUUGCAGGGCACAGAUGCAACACGCAAUAUCAAGCCUGAUUAGUGCAGUUGGCUCCUGUUCAGCAUUACCAUAUUCCUCUAGUGAUCAAUGUGGCUUCAUCCCCAGUAUCUUUCAAGCCAAACAUUAAGGUGCCGCCUUGCACUGAGAAAAACUAGGCGGGUGUUUCAGCAGAAGCGGAAAGCUACAUACAAGACACAGAUUGUGAAGGCUGGGAAUCUAUAGCUGAACUGGCCCUACUUGAGAGUAUCAUUCUCUGGUUGGGGAGGUAUUUUAGAGUUAACCCCCCCGACUGUUUGAUGCUUGCUCUGCUAUGGAAAUCCUAUUUGGUUCAGCAUAGCUUUGUAGAUUCAGAAAGCCUGCAGGUAGGCUGACAGGGCUCACCAUUUGGCGAGGUCCCACCCCUAAUAUUAGCUAAUAUUAAUUCUGUGGUUUUUGUUUGUUUGUUUUUAAAAAAUCAACAGCAAGGUAGCUUGAGCCUUGCAAGAGCAAAUGCAGCUUCCCCAUUGUGGACUAUGGAACACUAUUGAGCCCACUAUGCCUAUGGAACCCUUGGCCCGCAAGAGGAGCUCUGUGCAUGUGUGGAGCUCAAACUGGGCAGCUGAUUGGGGGCAUUUAAAAACAACAACAACACCCUGUUUCUGCUUCAGUGCACCUUCAGUGCAUUAUUUUUAAUGAAUCAAAACUGGUUGAGAUUCUCCAAAACAUAAUGCUGGCCCCAAAAGGCACAUUGUCCCCUUAAUACAUGUUUAACUCCGGGUACAUAGGGAAUAACUACAGUACCCAUAGCAAAAUAGGAAUAUUCCUGGGACCAAUGGGAAACCAGAGUAUAACUUCUGAGCACAUAAGAGUCCUUUGCAGCGACCACUUGUUCCUUCUACCUUUCUCUAGGAAAGUUACAUGCUAAGCAACAGUGUGCAUAUUAUAGCUCCAAUGACACUCCAGGAGUAGAUAAUAGCAACUGAGGGGGGAGCACUUAACCCUUUUCUUCCCCUGCUACUGACCUGCUUCAAAUUGCCCUCCCCACUGGCUUUUCUCCCUGUCUGGCUUCAAAUGUAUGCUUGCCAAUGCAUUGGUGUUGCUAGUCAGAGGUAUUAGCCCUUGAUUAAAUUCCAUGUCCCAGUGGAAUAGCUGUUUCUUCCAUUUUGACUCUUAAGAUUCAGAAAGUGGGCUGGGCUGGUAAACACUUGGGUUAAGUCAUAAGUGCCACAAUAUCUGAAAUCCCAUUGUGAAAUCUAGCCCGGGAUUAAGUGCUGAUGAAAAUUCAUUACAUCUCUUGCCAGUUACACCACCACCUAAACUGAACCAUCAGGUUCAGCAUCUUGGCAACAAGGUGUUGUGUGAGCAUGAAAUGUGUGGAGCACUCUAAUUCAGGUGGCCUCAGUUCAGGCAUAUUCACAUCUGAUAAUCUGCUUCUUGCUUUCUAGGCAAAUGCUUGCACCAAUGAUGACAUUAGAUUGGUGGCAUUAUUCCUGGAUGACGGAGACAAAGCCGUCAAAACAGAGGCACUGCAUGCCCUCAAAGCUUUCACUGUUGUCUGGAGGUUCAAAAUCAAAAUCCAGGUAACCACUUAGGGAAACUGUGCAAAAAAAACCUCUAGUGCGUCUGAAGUUCUUACCCUAGAUCAUUUCUAGAAGGCUUCAUCUAUUAACAAUGCAGGAAAACAGCUUUUAAGUUUUUCUCAACUGUCAUGCCCUCCAUAUGCCUUUCUUCCUCAGCAUACUUUUAAUAUUAAUUUGGUCUGUUUCAUUUCUGCUGCUGAUUUUAUGUCGAUUGUUCAUAUGUUUUGCCUAUUUUUAUUUUACUGUUUUAAAAUUCUUUUUGUAAGCUGCCUUUCAGAUUUUUAAGGGAAAUACCUAUAAGAAAGAGAUGUGGGUGGCGCUGUGGGUUAAACCACAGAGCCUAGGACUUGCCGAUCAGAAGGUCGGUGGUUCAAAUCCCCGCGAUGGGGUGAGUUCCCGUUGCUCAGUCCCUGCUCCUGCCAACCUAACAGUUCGAAAGCACGUCAAAGUGCAAGUAGAUAAAUAGGUACCACUCCGGUGGGAAGGUAAACGGCGUUUCCGUGCACCGCUCUGGUUCGCCAGAAGUGGCUUAGUCAUGCUGGCCACAUGACCCGGAAGCUGUACGCCGGCUCCCUUGGCCAAUAAAGCGAGAUGAGCGCUGCUACCUCAGAGUCGGCCACAACUGGACCUAAUGGUCAGGGGUCCCUUUACCUUUACCUUUACCUAUAAGAAAUAAAAUAAACAAAGACUGGGAGCAAGAAGGUUCAGUGCCCUGUCUCUGUAAGACAGAAACAUAGGAGUAUAAGAAUAGUCCUGCUGGCUCAGGAAACUGACCCAUCUGGUCCAGCAUCCUGUUCUCACAGUGGCCGACCAGAUGCCUGUGGAAAACCCUCAAGCAGGACCUGAGCACAAGAAUUCUCCCCUUUUUCGGUUUCCAGCAACUGGUAUUCAGAAGCAUCACUGCCUCUCAUGGAUACUAGCCAUUGAUAACCUUAUCCUCUGCAGAUUUGUCCAAUGCUCUUCUAAAGGCAAUUAAGUUGGUGGCCGCCACUGCCUCUGAUGGCAAAAUAGCUUUGCCUUUGCAUGGAAGGGACUUACUGUAUAUAUUAGGAUAACGGCACAGGGAAAGGGUUAAACCCUCGACCCCCAGCACUGCAGCCCCAAUCAAAAUCUUAAUACCCUCCACAGCUGCUUUUUACAUGAAAAAAGAGGGUUCCUGUUCAUGGAUCCAAACUCUCCCUUAUCAUGUUUCAUUUGGAGUUGCCCACAGGAAGUACAUGAAAUUACGGUAGUCAAUUCUUCCUCAGCCCCCAAUGGGGGAAAGACCAUAGCUCAGCAGCAGAGCACCUGCCUUGCAGGCAGAAGGUCCCAGGUUCAAUCCCAGAGGACCCAAAGUCAGACUGGAAGACACUCCCUGUCUGAAACACUGGAGAGCUGUUGCCAGUCAGUGUAGACAUUAUUGAGCUAGAUGGGUCAGUGGGUCUGACUCAGUAUAAAGCAGCUUUCUUGAAUUCCCUAUCAGUGGUGGACUUUGGGCUUUACAAUCUCAGUGGUGCCUUGUGCAACACCAAAAUUUGGCACCCACCCAUUGUUCGUCAUUGUUGCAGCGCCUCCUGCAGGCGAACUGGUUGUGCUCCCCUAAUCCGCCUCUGUCCCUAUGUUUGCAUGGAACUUUGGAUUGUAGCAGCUGACAUGAUGUUAGGCUGCACAGACAACUGUGCUCUCGUUCUGCUUCCGUGAACCCAAUGAUUGGCUGGUAUGCAAUUUAGUUUUUACUCAGAAUAAACCUGUUGAAAUGAACGGACUUUGUCAUGCUCAUAUCAGUGGGUCUAACCUGAGUAAAACUUAGCUGAAUCUCACCCAUGAUUUUUAGUGAAUCAAAACUGGAUUAGUCUCACCAAUGUUUGGCAUCUUGAGCCCCGACGGAGCACUGUUUUUGUCCCGUGCAUGUUAGAACUACAAGGGCACUUAAAAAAGAGCAAUUCCACCCAUCACCACCAGAGGACACCUUACCCACUGAACAUAAGACACCGCUUUGUGUUUUGUCCUUGUUUUCAUUCACAUUUUAAAAUUUCAUUUUGAAUGGGCAGAGUCGUUGCAACGGGCUGAGGUUGUCCUCAGCUGCAGCCAUAAUUGAAACCCGAAUUCUGGGCCAGGGGAAGCAAAAGGCUUUGUUAAAAACAAAUUAUGGGGAUUUGGAGCAUUUUGACUUCUUUUGCGUAAUCCGUUCUGCCUGUAGUGUUUAAUUUCUUGCAGAAUGUGAAACAUUUCGCAAGGACUAGGCUGGCAGAGCGUGAGGAAGGAAAGGAAUGAAAGCUGGUGGAGUGAAACAUUAACUGUGGUAGACCAUAAUGACUGGAAACUAAAGUUGCAAUGCUAGACGCACUAACUUGGGAGUAAGCCCCCUAAAUUCAGUGGACCUUACUUCCGGGUAGACAUACAUAGGUUGCUUGGGACCUGGUAAUCCCCACUCAGCCAGGAAGCUCACUGGGUGACCCUGGGCCAGACCCUAUCUCUCAGCUUAACCAACCUCACAGGGCUGUUGUGAGGAUAAACUGAAAGGGGAGAACCUAUGGCUCCUCAGAGGAAAGGUGGAAUAGACAUGUACUCAAAAUAAAACAAAAGUAAAUAAAUGCAUAAAAAUACAUAAUUAAUUUUAUUUAGUUCAAUCCCCCCCACAAGACUCACAAAGCAUCUCUGCCAGUACCUACAACAUUUGCACCGAAAUGUGCAACAUGUACCAAGAAGUGAGGAGCUCUUGAGGCUCACAUCUCCCAGAAGGCAACAGCCCUUGACCUCGAAUACUAAAAAUAUAGGACGAGCUGUGAUGACUGAUGAUUCAGUUGGUUAGACGGUGAUGCUGAUAAUGCCAAGGUAGCAGGUUCGAUCCCGGUAAGGGGAAGCUGCAUAUUCCUGCAUUGCAGUGGGUUGGGCUGUUAGAUGACCCUCAGGAUCCCUUCCAAGUAUGAUUCUAUGAUAAUCAGUGGCGAAAGCAAAUACAUGCUGUGGGCAUUGUCAGUCACUCUUUAUCUGCUCCUUCCCACAAUUCUGAGCAGAAGCUGAAAAACAGGUACAGGGGGUGAGGUCUGGUCUGGAUGAUACCCUGAUAUGAUAUUCAUCAUAGCCAUAAAAGUACUAUUUACACUUCACCCUGGAUUGCUAGGAGGCGGUGGUGCCUCUAGGAGCCCUCUCAACAGAAUGAGCCAGAGGCCUGAAGUGCUGCGGCAAAGACAUCACCUUUUGAAGCACUCGUUGCCAUCUGUGGGGUGGGGGCCUAACUGCCUGCAAUACUGCUGAAGGGCAGAGUGCGAGUCUUUAAAUUAAAAUGCUGGUCUGCUUUCUGAUGCAGGAAUACGUUCCCAAGAUUGUUGAGCUGGUGACUGGCUCCUGGGACCCCACCCUUCAGGUUGCUGGGUUGAGGCUGCUGAACGGGUUGAAUAUUCCAGACAACACCCACACUCUCCUGAGAGGGAUGCUGCCGAACUUCCUGGAAAUCCUUCUCAUGGCAAACACUAUGGCCAAGGUACAAAAAAUCACAGGCAGGUACCUUCUCUUCCUCCUCAGGUACAGCGUUAGCCUGGAGUUGGGAAGUAGAACAGCUCUAGUAGUUCCUAGAAGGAAACGCUGAUGACUAAUAUUUCACCUUUUUGCUAAAUGAACCUUUUAUUCAUUACAUGUGGGGUCUGCAACAAAAUGUUGCAGCCUAGAGUGCCCCUGCUUGGAGUUCCAGUCACUACAUUCCAUUUCAGUCUCCCUGCACUCUGGGUUCCACUCACCCACAGGCAGCCUGCUUGUUCUAUGGCCAUUGAGUAUGUACAGUCCGCACUGGGAGUUUUGUGGGCCCCUUCCCUCAGGAUGUUUUUCUGUGUAUUAUUUUUGUAUUUCUGCAAACUAUGGGGACUUCUGCCACACACACCCAAGACUGCUGAUACCUCCCUCUUGUUCCUGAAUGGUUCUUUAUUUGCUACAUAAUUGAUGGCACUCACAGCCUGAACAUCAGAAGUAGAGUGAGAAACAGGAUCUAUACCCUGACCUUUGAUCAAAUUAUCAGUGUGGCUUUGGAGAGUAGUUGCCAGCUCAAGUAGAAAGCACUGGAUAAACCAGUGGUCUGGUUCAGUCUAUAAAGUGACUUGGCACAUUCAUAUUUUUGUCUGAAAUAUUUCAAUAUGCUCUCUCUAGGGUUUGUGUUACCCGAGUCCUCCAGUAAGUCCAGGCUACCUGAUCAUCCAAGGAGGGAAAGAUCAAUCUAUUCCCAACUCUGAACUUACAGCCUCAAUUUUUAUUCUUGCUCAGAAACCCAAAUCUGUUGAAGAUCAUGAUGUAGCCUGGAAGGUUGCUCCCUCAGCUGAAAGGAGCAAAUGUCAUCUUCCUUGCUCAGCGUGGCUCAUCUCUUUGCUGCAGUUUGCCCCCAACCCCACUGCCCAACUAGAAAGCAUUAAUAUUUUUUAUUAUAAUUACUACUUUGCUUGCAAAGGGGGUCUAGUACCCACCGGUAUCCACACACCCUGACAUUCUCACUUGUUUGUUCAGGUGCAGGUUCUCAAGCUUCUUAGCACGCUGGCCCAGAAGGAAGACCUGCUGCAUGACAUCAUGAAUUGUCGGGUAAGGACUGCCCUUGUGCCUGCCAGUGUGAGAAAGCUUUGUAUUGGGGUGGGGGAUAAAGAAUAUCAGAAGGACAGAGGUUGGGAAAGGUCACUGUUUUUUUCUAGAAAAAGAGGCUCCGGAAUUCACCAUGAACACCUCUUUUGUUCUCUUAGAAUGGCAAUGGCGCCCACCUGAGAGGUGCCAGAACUAAGAUCUGGAGAGUUCAGGCUGAAAAAAAGCCCUGGGAUAGGUGCUCUAGUUAUGGGAAUUUAUUCAGACAUAGGCAUGAGAAUACAUGUUGCCCAGGGACUGCAACUAGGGAAUCAAUGCUGGCUCAGUUGAAGCCACUUUGCAUUCCAAUGUACAAGAGCCAGCAUCUGAACAGGAGCCAGAAUCACAUCCUUUGAAGGCGUACACCCUAGCCCACCCAAUUUCUGCUCUGCCUGGAAGCAGCCACACCCUUUCAUUGUUGAAUAUUGAUAUUAGAAAUGUCAAUCUUCUAACAGGCAAUAGGUAAUUCAUUUUCUCAGAACAGGAUUAUUUAUUCCUUGUACAGUGGGCGGCGCCCAUGUGAGACUGGUGCUAUGGCCACCAGACCUUUUGCAUGCUCCAAACAAUAUGGCUGCCGUACGAGACCCUUUUGACAUUAUUCAGUUUUGCAUGGACUCUUGUGUAUGUGCUGAGCAUGCACAUACACAAAUUCCCAUGGUGGAGAAAUAGGCCACAUCUUCUUCUUUUAAAUCCUUAGCCUCUCAUAGGGAGACUUAGCUGAGAGGUUUAAGAAGUGCUGGAAAGCUGAAAGCAUGGCUCCUCUGGCCUAAGGAGGAAACAGGACAUGGCAGGAGUUCCUGGAAGCUCCAGCUAGGCUCAUUUAGCCUGCCCAGGUGACUGAAGGAUGCAGCCUCAGCACACCGCAGAUGGGAACUCUGUCAACAGGCUGGUUUCUUAUGCAUUAACCAAAAGGAGGAAAUGUAUCACCAAUGAAAGAGAACAAGAUGACAGGUUUUGCAUAAAUUCAGCAAAUGCUAAUUUAUAUGUAUAGGUGCAAAUUUUAAAAUGGUUACAGUAAUUUAAAUGGAAACACAAUACAUGUCACCAUAGCAGGGAAGACUGAACUUGGUGACCUGUGCUCAUGCUCAGUCUGUGGUCCAUGUGCUAACAAUUCAAGGGAACUUCCUGCUCUCCCAUCAUACAGUUCUUUGUCUUUAAACUAGACUUGGAUUGGAUAGACCUUUAACCAGAGGCUUGUCCUCUGUAGAGUAGAACAUAUGACCACGCAUCCCCUAAAUUAGGGUCCAGCUCUGGAGCAGAAACCCAGGAGGUCUUGGAACCAAGUUCAGGCUUUUAGUCUGGUGGCUCACUCUUUUACCAUCGCUCACACCUGCCCCCACUGGCACGAAAGUUUCUCUGUUGCCACAGGAGUGUAGGGAGCUGCACCAUGCUCAGGACUCUGUGUUCUGGUGCAUGUAAAAAUAUCAGAACUUCUUGGUGGACAAAGGAAAUAAUGGCAUCCUGCUGGUUGCAGCUGCUCCAUUUCCUACAGCAUCCCCAGUGACAGAGGUUGAGAGUGAGGGUUACUAUUGUCAUUAACUUCUUAUUCACAGAUCCACAUGCAUGGAUCAGGGCCCUGUAUACCAUCCACCCCCAUCGUUCAGCCUGGACACUGAGGUCCAGCUCUGAGGGCCUCCUGGAGGUUCCCUCACUGCGAGAUGUGAGGUUGCAGGGAACUAGGCAGAGGGCCUUCUCAGCGGUGGUGCCCACCCUGUGAAAUGCCCUCCCAUCAGAUGUCAAGGAAAUAAACAGCUAUCUGACUUUUAGAAGACAUCUGAAGGCAGCCCUGUAUUGGGAAGUUUAUAAUGUUUUACAUUUUAUUAUGUUUUUAUAUGUGUUGGAAGCUGCCCAGAGUGGCUGCGCAACACAGCCAGAUGGGCAGGGUGUAAAUAAUGAAAUUAUUAUUAUUAUUAUUAUUAUUAUUAUUAACAUCAUCAUGGGGAUGAGGAGGAAUGAGGGGAAGGAAGAUGAGACAAUGACUACAGCAACUUGUGGUGUUUCUCCCCAAGACACCCGCCGAGUUCCUGAGCCUCUUCCAACCAUCCCUGCCAGGGAACCUGCUCUAUGAGAUGUUAGUCUUUGUGGAGCGCCUCAGCGAAGGGCGCCUCUCCCCACAGUACCAGUCCAUGCAGUGGCAGUACAGCGACAACUCCCUUCACGAAACCAUCUUUGGCAACAACUCCCGCCUCUCCGACCGCCUGCUUGCUCUCAUCAUCCACCCCGAGGAAGAGGUGCAGGCUCAGGCCUGCAAGGUCAUCCUCAGCCUCCGGCUCAACAGGGAAGAGAGCAAGGUGGUCAGUGCCCUCCCCUUUGGGGCCAACAUCAGUGUCCACCCCCUGGAAUCAACGAGGAUUAGCCAAGUCUCCAACCCCUCUGACCUGAGCAGCCACACUCUUGGUCCCAACAACGUCUCCUCUGAGCCCACCGGCACCAACAUCUCCUUUGACAGCACCCAUGACAACAGCGGGCGUAGCUUCCACACACUCCAAGGCACUGAUGAGACUGGACACAGUUUCUAUCCCCUUCCAAGAGCUGACCACAGCUUCUACCCCCUUGAGACCAUCAGCAGCCACAUUAUUCAGGACCAAAGAGUCAACAGCUUCAAUAUUCCUCCAGCUUGCUAUUCGGGUGAGAGUGACAACAGUGUUUAAAGGGCCCAUUUCUAGACGAAAGAGCGAAUGAUAAAAGAGUUGGAGAAGAGAUGACAUCACCAUUUGUCUCUCCCUAUGUAAGGAAAAGGUCCGGGCAUGUAAGCAUUCAGGAUCCUACCUUCUACCUAACAAAGCUUCUAUGUGCAUUAGAAUCUGGAGUGUACUGAUCAUUUGCUCAUUACCAUCAAUGUAUGGUCUGCUGAACUUUGCUGCUCCAGUUCAAGGUUCAGAGUGCUCAGAAAAUCAGGUCCAUCCUAAUGUCUGCCAGCCUGCACUCAUGGUGGUCUCUGAAGGGGUGUCUCUAGAGUUAGGUUAGAAACAUUAAGACCGUGCCAAAAUAAUGGGGAAAGUUGCCUGGAGAGAAAGAUCUGGUGUGUUACUGAGAAACCAGUAGAUAGUCAGUAGCUUUUAUUGUUUAUAACCAAUGGUCAUCACAAUACAGUAUGAGCACAAACCACACAACUACACAAGGAAAGACAUUGCAUGCGCCAGACCGGAACAAAUCUACAAUGUUCAAAAUUUAGCAAUGUUCCUUCUGGUCAGCAUCUCUGGGUUUUGGCACUUGCACUAUCCAGAAAGUUUGCCCUUAUCUUUCUUGCCACUAAUGCAAACUGUGCAGCCUAUAGCACUUAUCAACCUCUGCCAACAACCAUUUAAUUUUCAAAUCAUCUGGUUGACCUUCUAAGGCGAUCUGAAAAGGGGAGAUAAACUUAGCUCUGGGUCAAUCAUACAAUAGGCAAUAUAAAAUAUAAUGUACUAGAUCCUCAAUAUAUAUAUGAUUCACAUAUACAAAGGUGCUCUUUUACAUAUUUGUUAGUAUAUCUCCCAGCCAGAUAUUCAGUAGGCAUUGUCUGAAAACUGAGCUGGGUAAAAGCAUGUCUUAUGGGGGGGGGGGCGGUGAGUUAAUUCUCGCAAGUACAUAGCCCUUUUGUGGUCUUUUUAAAUUUUACUGUACCAAGUGGCAGAUUUACAAUUUUUUGUAUAUUCAAGGUCUUUUUUGCAUCUUCGCCAAACACAAUAUCUCAUAUCUUGUGCUCAGGAGCAUCUGACAGUAUUACUGCUGGGGAGAUUGAAUAACUCUGCAUCAGACCUCUACAAGAUUUUAGCCAGCCUUCCCUUUUCUGCAAAUCUGAAAAACAAGUUUGGGUUAUGUGUUGUUCUGGCUGCAAUGAUAUUUCCCCCAGUACAAAAACAUGGAUUUGUGUAUACAAGCCUUUAUAGAGGGAAGACCCAAUUCAGUCCUUAGUAGUGCUCCAGGUGUACUGUGUGGCAGUGCCAACAUCACAUGCAGGAAUUUAUUUUGAAAUACAUCAAGUUCCUCCCUGCAAUGGUGACCCCAGAUAGGUGCACCACAUAAAAGGUGAGACACAAUCUUGGCCACAAAAAUCUUUAAUGUUGGUUCAGCUAAAUGAUGGCCCUCUGUGUAAUACAAUUUCUUUAUAGGCUCCAAUAAGCUUGUAGCUGAAAGGGUUGUUGAUUCUAAAUCGGUGUGGUUCAUGUUCUAAAUCGGACAUGCUAGUAGAUUGUGGCCUGGUACAAGGUUGGUUGCAACAGGAGCAUUACCACCAUGCAAGUAUAUGGUGAAAAAUUAAGAAAUGGGCCCUCAAAUGCAUAUUUGGGUUAAAAGUGGGUACAUGGUCUAGACCAAAGAAUGCAAUCUAAAGGGUAUACUAAGUAAUAAAAUUAUUUUCAAC